CUUCUAUCACUCUGUUCAUUCAUUCCUUUCUUUCUUCCCUCUCUCUCUCUUUCCCUUUCCCAAUUUUCUCUCUCUAGACAAUUGAAAUUUGAAACCAUCCAUGGCGGAAGAGACUCAAGCGCCGGCUGCCGCUUCCACACCGGCAGCGACGACGACCGAGGAGGUCGUGAUGGUGGAGAAGCCCGUGACUGAAUCGCCGGCUCCAGUUCCCGAGGCGGAGGUGGAGGAGAAGAAGGCGGAGGAGCCGAAGGAGAAGGAGGAGGUCGUUGCGGCGGAGGAAGCUGCUCCGGCCGCCGCGGAGGAGCCCGAGCUGAAAAUUGCGCAGUCGGUUUCGUUCAAGGAGGAGUCCAACGUCGUCUCCGAGCUUCCCGAAGCUCAGAAGAAGGCUCUGGAGGAGCUGAAGCAGCUCAUCCAGGAGGAUCUGAACAAGCACGAGCUCACCGCUCCGCCGCCGGCCCCGCCGGCGAAGGAGGAGGAGAAGAAGCCGGAGGAAGAGGAAGCAGAGAAGGUUGUUGAGAUCAAGGAGGAGGAGAAGACCGCUGAAGAAGCUCCGAAGACCGAAGAGAAGCCGGCGGAGGCAGCUCCAGCAGCAGAAGCAGCGCCGGCCGCUGCGGCUCCGGCAGUGGAAGCAGCUCCGGCCGCCGCUGUAGAGGAGGAAAAGAAGGAAGAGGAAGUCAAAAUUGAAGAUAAGAAAGAGGAUGUGAAAGAAGAGGCCACCACAACCGCCGUCGUUGCCGCUCCAGCCGUCGAUGAAGACGGAGCGAAAACCGUUGAGGCGAUCGAGGAGACAAUCGUCGCCGUUGCCUCCACCGAGCCACCAGCAGCGGCUGAAUCAGCUCCAGACGCCUCAUCCUCCAUCAAACCAGAGGAAGCGAAAACAGAGGAGCCGAAAACAGAGGAGGAAGCUGCUCCAUCUCCGCCGCCGGAGGAGGUCUUCAUCUACGGCAUCCCGCUCCUCGGCGACGACCGGAGCGACGUCAUCCUCCUGAAAUUCCUCCGAGCUAGGGAUUUCAAAGUGAAGGACGCCUUCACCAUGAUCAAGAACACCGUCCGCUGGAGGAAAGAAUUCGGAAUCGAUUCGCUCCUCGAGGAAGACCUCGGGAACGAGCUGGAGAAAGUCGUCUUCACCAAAGGAGUCGACAAGGAAGGCCACCCGGUCUGCUACAACGUCUACGGCGGGUUCCAGGACAAGGAGCUCUACCAGAAUUGCUUCGGCGACGAGGAGAAGAGCAAGAAAUUCCUCCGGUGGAGGAUCCAAUUCCUCGAGAAGAGCAUCCGGAAGCUCGAUUUCAGCCCCACCGGAAUCUGCACCAUCGUUCAGAUCAACGAUCUGAAGAACUCCCCUGGACCUACCAAGCGCGAGCUCCGGCAAGCUACCAAUCAAGCCGUUAGCAUCCUCCAGGAUAACUAUCCCGAGUUCGUCGCCAGACAGGUGUUCAUCAACGUGCCGUGGUGGUACCUAGCAUUCAACAAGAUGAUCAGUCCAUUCCUCACCCAGAGGACCAAGAGCAAGUUUGUGUUUGCUGGACCUUCCAAAUCUGCUGAGACUCUGUUCAAAUACAUAACACCAGAGCAAGUUCCUGUUCAGUACGGCGGACUGGGCAAAGAUGGGGACCAUGAAUUCACUGCUUCUGAUGCUGUGACUGAGAUCGUAAUCAAGCCUGCCGCUAAGCACACUAUUGAACUCCCUGCAACCGAGAGUUGCACAUUGGUGUGGGAGCUGAGAGUGUUGGGAUGGGAGGUGAGCUACGCGGCGGAGUUCUCGCCGAGCGUGGAGAAUGGAUACACGGUGAUCGUGUCGAAGAACAGGAAGGUAGCUCCGACGGACGAGGCGGUGAUCUACGACAGCUUCAAGGCAGGGGAGGCCGGCAAAGUUGUGAUCACCAUUGAUAACCAAAGUAGCAAGAAGAAGAAGCUGCUCUACAGGACCAAGACCAAGCCCGUUUCUUCGUAAGAAGGUUGUUGUUUCUUAUUUGUUUUUCUUUAUCUUUCUUUCGGAUCAAGAUACAGAGGGGAGGGGGAUUUCUUUUUGUUGUUGUGGUGAUUAUUCAUUUUUCUCAUGGUAUUUCUGUUGGGUUUCUGAUGAUAUUUAUAGUUGGGGGAGUGGGGAUUUUGGAGUUGGAUUCAACUUCAAGAUGGAUUUAUGGCUGCUUGGACGUUAUAUAUGAAUACGUGAUGUGAGGUCCUGUGGUGAUGGGGAGGUUUGCUUUGAAAUAUUUUUUUUCACCUUUUGAUAAUUUAAUUUGGAUGUAAAAUUUGUUUACAAAUGGUCCAUUUUGUGUAUAAUUCUCAUCCUUUUCAUGUCAUUAAUUAUGUUCAUCUUUACUUCAAGCACUUAGAUUGUUCUUUGGUCAUGCCUGACACAUGGAAGAGUUCCAUUUGCCGAAGGAUAAUAUUGGGAAAAUAAAGAUUUUGAUUGUGUUAUAAA